AUGAUUUGGGCAGUGUUGAUAGUAGUUGCAAUGGGGUUACUGGUUGGUGUGUUUUUAUCUGUUGCGGUGAAGAAACCACUGGUUAUGGUGGUGAUUGCGACGGCGAUAUUUUCGGCAGUUGUGGUUUUUGUGUGGAAUUGUGUUUGGAGAAGAAGAGGAUUGUUGGGUUUUAUCAAUAAUUAUCCAAAUGCUGUGCUCAUAGGCGCCAUUGACUUAAAAAUUUUGUGA